GUCUACGAACCUUUGUUGCUCUUGGGGAAAGAUCGUUGCAGCAAGGUGGACAUCCGAUUACGAGUCAAAGGCGGCGGUUUCACUGGCCAAAUCUACGCCCUCCGUCAGGCUGUAGCAAAGGGCAUCGUUGCAUAUUACCAGAAGUACAUCGAUGAGGCAUCCAAGAAAGAAAUCAAGGACAUACUGAUGGCUUACGAUCGCUCCUUGAUCGUGGCAGAUCCUCGCCGCUGUGAACCCAAGAAGUUUGGAGGACGCUCUGCACGUGCUCGCUUCCAGAAGUCAUACCGAUGA